AUGUAUGCUUCUACUUCCUUUACUUCACCACUCUUCCAUGAGCUUCUUGUAGAAUCUCACACAAGAAGGUUACUCUUCCAAAGCCCUCUUGAUCAUCAAUCACUAACAAACUCUCCUGUUUUAACAAACAACAAUAAUUCAACAGACUCACAUUUUGGAGCUCUUGAAUUUGAUUCAAAUGUUGUGAUGAUAGUUGCAGUUCUAUUGUGUGCGCUUAUAUGUUCACUUGUAUUAAACUCCAUUAUAAGGUGUGCCUUGAGGUUUUCAAACAACAGCUCUUCUUCGAGUUCGAGCAGCAACUCUUCACCUCAAUUGGUCAACAAAGGAAUCAAGAAGAAGGCUCUCAAGACAUUUCCCAUUGUGAGCUACUCAGAUGAGUUGAAACUACCAGGUUUGGAUGCUGAGUGUAUGAUAUGUCUCUCAGAGUUCACAAAGGGUGAAAAGGUACGCGUUUUGCCUAAAUGCAACCAUGGUUUUCAUGUUCGUUGCAUUGACGAAUGGCUAAAGGAACACUCAUCAUGUCCUAAGUGCAGACAAUGUCUUCUUGAAACAUGUCGAAAGAUCGGGGAGUCGCAGGUGCAACCAAUUGUGCUGCCAGUGCCAGAAAUCAUUAUAAGGAUUCAACCACUAGACCAUGAAGCUGUUGAACGUAACUAUAGGGAAGAAAGCAGAUAA